AUGCUCUCAGCCAUCUUUCGUCGGCGGCCCGCACUUGACCCCGCUACUUCCACCAACUGCUAUGAAGUGCCCUUGUACACAAACGCCGCGUACUAUCCGAACUGGAGGAUCUAUCAGAAACAGCCGCCUUCAUCUCUACGAUUGGGGUUUAUAUCCCACGUGUUUUAUGCAUUUGCUUGGGUCAAGGAAGAUGGAACGGUCUAUUUGAGUGAUGAAUGGGCUGAUACCCAAAUGCCAGUGGAUGGCACAGAGGGUUGCCUGCGAGCUUUUACUCAAUUGAAACAACAAUACUCGAAAAUGAAAGUCAUACUCUCUGUCGGUGGGGGAGGAAGUGGCAGCGAAAACUUUGCUGCUGUUGCUCACAGUCGCUCUUGUUUGGAUACCUUUGUCCGGACAUGUCGCGAAUUAGUUGAUCAAUUCGGACUAGACGGGAUCGAUGUGGAUUGGGAACACCCGGUAGAUUCCAAGGAAGGAAAAGACUAUGUUCAUCUUCUCGCCCGGCUGCGAGAAGCAUUGCCUGCACCAAAGUACGUCUUAGCCACAUGUCUUCCUGCUGGUCAGUGGGCGUUGAAGAAUAUCGAUCUUCACGCAGCUCAAAAGUACGUUGAUAUGAUCAACUUAAUGGCUUACGACUUCGCCGGAUCUUGGGGGCCUGAGACUGGUCACCACGCUCAGUUGUUUGGCUCGCCUAUCUCUGGAGAGUCCGCUGUUUCCUAUGUGCUAUCGCAAGGAGUAUCUCCGAAAAAGAUCAUUCUCGGUGUACCGACCUAUGGUCGUUCAUUUCUUGGGAGCAAUGGCCCAGGUCAGCGAUAUACUGGUCUAGGUGGUGAAGAUGGAGUCUUUGACUAUCAGGCUCUCCCGCGUCCUGGAACCCAGGAGUACUUGGAUCAAGAAGCAUGUGCGGCAUACUGUGUGGGUGCGGAUGGGGGCUUUGUCACUUAUGAUAUUCCUGCAACGGUUAAGCAGAAGGCAGAAUUCGUAACUUCCGCGAAACUUGGAGGGCUGUUUUAUUGGCAUGUCUGUGCCGAUGCCCGAGGCCCACGAAGCUUGAUUGAGACUGGCUAUAACACUUUACAUGAUAUGUAA